GCGGUGCCCCCUGGCGACUCCGCUUCGCAGCACAAAGGAUCCCAGCACGUGGGUGCCAGCGUAGCGACCUCCAAACGAGGCUGCAUCCACCUGAAUGUACGGUCGGUACUCCGUCUGUGCCCCCUGCCCUUCACUCGCCCCUCCCAGGCAUCUCGUUCAUCACGCCUCCCCCCCCACACACACCAUUCCGCGGAUCAUGUUCCCCCUUGGCCUGGAAGGUCCCUGGGCGCCCCACCCGCGGGCUCUGCUAUGUCUGCCGUUCCUGCUCUUUCUGCUUCUGCUGCCUCCGCAGCCAUUAACCCACUCCCAGACCACGCUGGGCACCCCCAAUGCCUCAACCGCCUCGGGCACUCCCAGUGCCCCAACCCCUCCAGGCACCCCUGUCUCCCCACCCACACCGGGCACCCCCCGUGUCCCGGGCCUACGAGAGCGGGCUAGGACCCUGAUGAGUGACUUCCGGCUUGUGGAUGGCCACAAUGACCUACCUCUGCUCCUGAGACAGCUUUUCCAGAACAGGCUGCAAGAUGUGAAUCUGCACAAUUUCAGCCGUGGCCAGACCAGCCUGGACAGGCUUAGAGAAGGCUUUGUGGGAGCUCAGUUCUGGUCAGCCUACAUCCCAUGCCAGACCCAGGACCGGGAUGCCAUACGCCAUUCCCUGGAGCAGAUUGAUGUCAUUCGCCGCAUGUGUGACUCCUAUUCUGAACUGGAACUUGUGACCUCAGCUGAAGGUCUGAACAACACUAAAAAACUGGCUUGCCUUAUUGGUGUGGAGGGUGGCCACUCACUGGACAGCAGCCUUUCUGUAUUGCGCACUUUCUAUCUGCUGGGAGUUCGCUACCUGACUCUCACCUUCAUUUGCAGUACACCUUGGGCAGAGAGUUCCACCAAGUUCAGAUACCACUUCUACACCAACGUCAGUGGGUUGACAAGCUUUGGUGAGAAAGUGGUAGAGGAAAUGAACCGCUUAGGCAUGAUGAUAGACUUGUCCUACGCCUCGGACACCUUGGUGAGGCGGACCCUGGAGGUGUCAAGGGCUCCCGUGAUCUUCUCCCACUCAGCCACCAGGACUGUAUGCGACAAUUUGCUAAAUGUUGCUGAUGAUAUACUGCAGCUUCUGAAGAAGAAUGGUGGCAUCGUGAUGGUAACUCUGUCCAUGGGGGUGCUACAGUGCAACCUGUUAGCUAACGUGUCUACCGUUGCAGAUCACUUUGACCACAUCAGGAAAGUCAUUGGGUCUGAGUUCGUUGGGAUUGGCGGAAAUUAUGAUGGGUCUGGCCGGUUUCCUCAGGGGCUGGAGGAUGUAUCCACAUAUCCAGUGCUGAUAGAAGAGUUGUUGAGACGGGGUUGGAGUGAGGAAGAGCUUCAAGGUGUACUUCGAGAAAAUCUACUGCGUGUCUUCAGACAAGUAGAACAGAUCAGAGAGGAAAGCAGUGGACAGAGCCCUGUGGAGGCUGAGUUUCUAGACAGGCAGCUGAGCAGGUCCUGCCACUCGUACCUCCUGCCUCAGCCUCUGAAUAAACACAUGACUACACACCCAGAGAAGACCAACUGGCCAAGUAGUCAAGACCUGCAGAAGCCCUCAAACGCUUCUCCACAUCCAAUUCCAGGCCUUGUGGGUCUUGCUGUCUUCCCAGUCCUCAUCCUCUGGCUUUGGUGAUCUGGCCAGUAUCCCCCAGAAAUCACUGUGCAAAGUUCCACAAGGUCCCAAUCCUUGUUAUUCUGUCCCCAGAAUGUGGUGAAAAUAAAAUUUGAGACUUGGA